AUGAGAGAUUUCUGCAGUCUCGGCCACCUUCAGCCCGCCGGAGCCUUCCUUUCUUCCGUGUGGAGAUCGUGGAAUUCUCCGUUUUCAGCCCGCUUGUUCAUCCCCGCUUCCUACAAUUAUGGCAGUGUUGCGGGGCUGGAUGAGCGCGGCUACAGAGCGAUGCCACGGGUGGAACAGACACUCGCCAGCUAUCUGUCCCCCGGUUCGGCAUCGUCUCUUAAGGCUCCGGCAUUGCCGACCAAACCGCUGCGAGUCACCUCAGCGUUGGUUGGCAAGGGGUACACGGCGGCAGGUCAGGCUGGUGCGUGUCUGCACACGAUGUCCGUGUUGCAGGCAUACCAGGCUGACGCUCGUGCUAUUGGGCGGUCUAUGGCAGCCCUAGUGGCCGCGGAGAGACACCUUUGGUUGACCCUGUCCGAUAUGAAAGAAAAGGACAGGGUCUUCCUUCUGGACGCCCCGCUUUCGCCUUCUGGCCUGUUCGGCGACUCCGUUAACUUGGUCGUCGACAGGUACCAGGAGGCUCGUAAGCAAGCGGCGGCGUUCCAGCGGUUCCUCCCCCUCCGCCAUCCAGCUCGCGAGGCUGCUGGGCGGGAGCAGCCUCGGCCGUCUACCAGCUCCUCAUACCGCGACGCACAGAAACAGAGUGUGGCCACUCGCACUCCGCCCCAUCGAGAGCGAGUGGUCGAGACCGUUCUGCUAACCCUGCCGGUGCUUCAGGGCGCAGCGGCCUCCAGCGAGCAUACACCUCGGUUUCUCCUGCCCGGCAAUGUAGCGGGGCCGGGGGGCUCGCCACCCCCGAGGGGGUUUCAGGGGCCGCUAGUUCAGGUGCUUCCUGCCGGGGAACCGUUACAGGACACCGUUCUAGUGACUCAACAAACACCAGAGACCAGUCUCGAGAGACUGGUUCCCUUAGUAGAUCAUUUGGCAGCGUGGAAACUACUGCCCAAUGUGUCUGCUUGGGUCCUGCGUACUGUAGAAAGAGGGUAUCGAAUACAGUUCGGCGCUCCUCCGCCGCCAUUUGUCGGGGUCUCCCCCACCUUGGUGGGCCCCGAGCAGGGUCUGGUAAUGGAACAAGAAGUAGUUUCUCUUCUGAGGAAGGAGGCCAUCGAGGUGGUCCCUCCUCGACAGGGAGUCUACAGCCGGUAUUUCAUUGUUCCGAAGAAGGAUGGGGGCCUGCGUCCCAUUUUAGAUCUUCGUGUUCUGAACCGCUCAGUCAUGAAGCUGAAGUUCAGGAUGCUUACUCUCAAGCAAGUAGUGUCAGAAAUCAGGUCCGAGGACUGGUUUGUGACGAUAGAUCUGAAAGACGUGUACUUCCAUGUCUCCAUCCUUCCUCAACACAGGAAGUUCCUCAGGUUUGCUUUCAGGGGCGAAGCAUACCAAUAUCGGGUUCUUCCGUUCGGCCUAGCACUCUCCCCCCGCACUUUUACCAAGUGUGUGGAUGCAGCUCUGGCUCCGUUGCGACUCCAGGGCAUCCGCAUACUAAACUAUAUCGACGACUGGUUAAUUCUAGCACAGUCGGAACAGUUAGCGGCUCAGCAUCGAGAUGUUGUGCUCGCUCACAUGAAAGAGUUGGGGCUGAGACUGAACGCCAAGAAAAGUGUGUUGUCUCCAUUACAGAGAACCACUUAUCUACGUGUGGUAUGGGAUUCGACCACGAUGCGGGCACGGUUGUCUCCUGCUCGGAUAGAGUCGAUCCUCGCUGCAGUCAGGAGAGUCAAAGUAGGCCGGUCACUCACUGUCAAGCAGUUUCAACAACUGCUGGGUCUGAUGGCGGCUGCGUCCAACGUGAUACCUUUUGGCCUGCUGUACAUGAGACCCCUACAGUGGUGGCUCAAAACCAGGGGGUUCUCCCCGAGGGGAAACCCGCUUCGCAUGAUCAAGGUCACGCGGCGAUGCCUACGUGCCUUGGACAUGUGGAGGAAUCCCUGGUUCCUGUCUCAGGGCCCGGUGCUGGGAGCUCCUUGUCGCCGCGUAACGCUAGCGACAGAUGCUUCCCUCACCGGUUGGGGUGCGGUCAUGAGUGGCCACACCGCCCGCGGUCUGUGGAGAGGUCACCAACUCACUUGGCACAUAAAUUGCCUGGAGAUGCUGGCCGUGUUCCAAGCACUGAAGCACUUUCUCCCGGACCUAAGAGACCGCCAUGUGUUGGUCCGCACCGACAACACAGUGGUGGUCUCUUACAUCAACCACCAGGGAGGCCUGCGUUCGCGCCCCUUGUACAAGCUGGCGCACCAGAUCCUUGUGUGGUCCCGGGGCAAACUCCUCUCGCUGAGAGCAGUUUGCUUGCCGGGCUAUCUCAAUGUGGGAGCAGACAUCCUGUCGAGACAGGGGCCGAGGCCCGGGGAAUGGAUGCUUCACCCCGAGGUGGUGAAGCAGAUUUGGAGAGUGUUUGGUCCAGCCCAAGUGGACCUUUUUGCCACGAGGGAGAACACGCAAUGUCCCCUCUGGUACUCUCUAGUUCAUCCAGCUCCCCUGGGGCUGGAUGCCAUGGUACAGACGUGGCCGAGGCUUCGUCUGUACGCUUUUCCCCCGAUCGCUCUGCUCCCGGGAGUUCUAGAGAGAGUGCGCCGGGACGGGGUGUCCCUCCUCCUAGUAGCCCCGUACUGGCCGGGCCGAGUAUGGUUCUCGGACCUGAUUUCUCUCCUCGACGGCUCUCCAUGGGAGAUUCCCGUCAGGAGGGAUCUCCUCUCACAGGCGGGGGGCUCUGUGUUCCACCCUCGCCCGGAGCUGUGGAAACUUUGGGUGUGGCCCCUGAGGGGGCACACCUUUUAG